GCAUGGGAUUCCCAGUGGCAACGAGCAGCGGCAUCGCCUCAAGCGUCCUGAGCGCCGGCCUCGCCAUGAGUUUCCCGCGGCCGCUGCGCAGAGCCGUCAGCUUGACCCCCGCGCGGACUCUCAGGCUGGUGGUGCUGGGACAGGGCGCCGUGGGCAAAACAGCAUUGACAGUAAGAUUCAUCACCAAGCGAUUUAUUGGUGAUUAUGACCCUACUCUAGAGAUGAUUUACAGGCACACAGCAAUCAUAGAUGGAGACAUGGUUCAUUUUGAAAUUCUUGACACAGCAGGACAGGAGGAAGAUUCUCUCCAAAUUGAAGAAAAGAUAAAAUGGGGAGAUGGAUUUGCUGUAGUUUAUUCUGUCACUGACAGGUGUAGCUUUGAUGAAGUGAUGAGGCUGUGCUUUCUCAUCAACCAUAUCCAUUCAAGCCCAAAGCGGAAUAGUGGCAGUGGAGAACCACCGGUUGUGAUUGUUGGAAACAAGAAGGACCUGCAGUUUGACCGAAUGGUAACCUUUGAGGAUGGAGAAAAUCUCUCCAAGGCUCUGAAGCAUCCUUUCUAUGAGAUCUCUACCAGGGACAGCUAUGAAGAGACUGCUGUGGUCUUCAACACCUUAUAUGGUGAGCUGAUGAAGCAAGGACAUUUUUCCCCAGGGUCCUUCAAGAGGCGAGCAUCAUCUAAGUUAAUGGAAAAGAUCCCCAAAAUUCAUGCCAAUUCAAGUCUAACUUCAGCAGGCAGGAGUCUCAGCUUCAAUUCAUUCAGGGAUUACAUCCCAGAGUGAACAUUUAUCUAAACCGUUGUACAGUGAUGGUCGAAGCACACAGAGCCAGUUCAGGAUAACAACGGAGAGGCUGCAGAAUUGGUAGCUCAAAGGACAAGAGGCCUGCACAUUGUUAUGAAAGCUUUU